UCUAUGACGUCUGCGUCGAGGGCAAGAGAGAAGGAAGGGCGCGACUACUAGCUCUAAAACGGGAUUUACGAAGCGGCGGGCGCGAUGAAGGAAACGCCGCUGUCCAACUGCGAGAAGCGCUUCUUGCUACGGGCUAUCGAGGACCGGAAGUUUUUAGAGCCAUUUCUGUACCUCUGAUGCUCUCCUCCCAGUUCCUCACUUCACAUCACUAAUACUGCUCCAAUCUGACUUUGUAGCGUCUGGAUGGGCGGCAGUGCUAUGAUUACAGAAACAUCCGCAUUUCCUUUGGUGCUGACUAUGGCUGUUGUAUUGUGGAGCUCGGGAAAACCAGAGUUCUUGGACAGGUUUCAUGUGAACUUGUCUCCCCAAAGCCAAAUCGUGCAACAGAAGGCAUACUUUUUUUUAAUCUUGAGCUCUCUCCUAUGGCAUCACCUGCUUUUGAGCCUGGAAGGCAGUCUGAGCUUCUUGUAAAACUGAAUCGACUAUUAGAAAGAUGCCUAAGGAACUCCAAGUGUAUUGAUACUGAAUCGCUCUGUGUCAUUGCUGGUGAAAAGGUGUGGCAAAUUCGUGUGGAUCUGCAUUUGUUAAACCAUAAUGGAAACAUUAUUGAUGCUGCAAGUAUAGCAGCAAUAGUGGCGUUGUGCCACUUUCGGAGGCCAGAUGUGUCUGUGCAAGGAGAAGAAGUAACUCUGUACACCCCUGAGGAACGGGAUCCUGUCCCUCUCAGCAUCCACCAUAUGCCUAUCUGUGUGAGCUUUGCUUUCUUCCAACAAGGGACCUACUUAUUAGUUGAUCCUAGUGAACAGGAAGAACGUGUAAUGGAUGGCCUCCUUGUGAUUGCCAUGAAUAAACAUCGUGAAAUUUGUACAAUUCAGUCCAGUGGUGGAAUUAUGCUGUUAAAAGAUCAGGUUCUGAGAUGCAGUAAAAUAACAGGGGUUAAGGUAGCAGAAAUCACAGAACUAAUUCAGAAAGCCUUGGAGAAUGAUCAGAAAGUUAGGAAAGAAGGGGGGAAAUUUGGAUUUGCUGAAUCUAUUCCUAAUCAGAGAAUAACUGCCUUUAAGAUAGAACAAGCACCAGUUGAUACUCAUGAUGUACAAGAGCAAGCACAAGAAAUAAUUGCCAAAGCAUCACCUCCUUCAGAAGUUCUGGCAAAGGCAGUGUUGUGGACUCCUAGCACAGCCCAGAUUGGAGAAGGAGUUGAUAAUUCAUGGGGAGACUUUGAAGAAUCUGAAAGGGAAGAGGAUGAAGAUGAAGCUUCCCCAGUUGAAACUACAACAACAGAAGAACAGAAUAUGGAAACGGGAGAUGCUAGUGUUGGAACUAAAAAUCAGAAAGCUGAGACAAUUGUGUUAUCUGACAGUGAAGAGGAAGACGUUAUCAUUCUAGAGCCGGAAGAGACACAAAAGAGGAGAACAGAGUCUUCUUCCAAACAAGACAACACAAGUAAAAAACCAGUUACCAAAAAGAGGAAAAAAAGACUGGCUCGUUAAACAUUUGUACAUUAAAAUGCUUCCUUAACAAAUAAGAUCCAGGUUUCAUGGUUUGUAUCCUGUAAAUUCAUAUAUUUUGCUAGAACCUGUAAUAGAGCACUGCCUUUGUCUAAGUGAUGUGUAUGUAUAUACAAAGAGAGAGUAACUAUUUUCCAAUAAAAAUCCUAUAAUCA